GAUGUCGAUCGGCAAAUAACAGUAAACAGCGUAUCGGGCGAUGGGCGAUAGUCAUUCUUUCAUAAUAUUAUUGCACUCACAAGUCAUUCGAGGUUAAUUUAAAUCAAGAUGUGCGGAAUAUUUUGUUUUGUGUCCAGGACCAAUUCGGUACAAUUAGGACAAUCUGUAUUACUACAGUGUCAAUGUUUACUGGACAACAGAGGUCCCGAUUUUGCCGGGCAACUCAAUUACGACCAGCGCGUUCUGAUGUAUAGUUCCGUUCUGUGGCAACAGGGUUAUGAGAUCACCCGUCAACCGAUUGAAACCGAUCGAUUCGCCUUACUAUUCAAUGGAGAUUUGUUCGUCGAUCGAGACAAUCUAGCGGAAAGCGAUACGCGGUGGUUAUUGGAUAGAAUUGAAUCAAUGGUUACAAAUUUGGACGAAUUGGGUGAACUAUUCAAACAGUUGAAAGGGCCAUUCAGUCUAGUACUGUUGGAUAAACAACUCCAAAGAGUAUACUUUGCUCGCGACAGUAUUGGUAGGAAUUCCCUUCUGCUAGGUCAGUCAGAUGAUGGAAUCAUCAUAUCUAGUGUUAUAGCUAACGCAUCUGCGAUGGAUGUAAUUGAGCUCCCACCGAAUGGAAUUUAUUUCAUAAAUUUGGAUACUAACGAAUUGAAUCUACUACCUUGGAACCAUAACGACAAUAUGAAAUUUGAUUCGUUAGGCAUCAAUAAUAGUGUUUUAGAACUUCCAUGGUUCAGCAGUAAUCAUACUCAGACCUCUUUCAACUACCAUCAUAUUCUAAAAGACUUUGCUUCAACGGAAAACGACACCUUUGAUCACCUACUGAACAAUCCUAUUGUUUCAAAUUUAUGUGUCCAUUUGUUGGAAGUCCUAUCUCAAUCGGUUCGUGAACGAAUUCUCAACACACCUGACUAUUGCAAACAGUGCGUCACAUCGCAAACUGCGUGUCAACACCCUAAGGUUGGAAUUCUUUUCUCCGGUGGAAUUGACUGUACCAUUAUUGCACUGCUAGCCGAUCGUUUUGUUCCUGCGGAUAUGCCUAUAUGUCUUCUCAAUGUAGCGUUUGAAAAAAUUAUUCGACCUGGAAAUCCCAAGUUCAAGAAGAAACUGACUACGGAUAGUGCGACGGCAGAAAUUGAUUGGGACGUACCUGAUCGGAUAACUGGGCGCAGUUCUUUGAGCGAACUACGACAACUGAAACCUCAUCGUCAAUGGCAUUUCGUCGAAAUAAAUGUGACCCGCAAGGAACUCCAAAACCAUAAGGAGCGAAUAUCAAACUUAGUAUUUCCUCUUAAAUCCGUAUUGGAUGAAUCUUUAGGAGCGGCUUUAUGGUUUGCAUCACGUGGCGAAGGAACAUUUAAUGAUAACGAAUAUAAAAGCGCUUGUAGGAUUCUGCUGCUAGGAUCUGGAGCAGAUGAACUGUUUGGCGGAUAUUCACGACAUCGGGCUGCAUUCUACCGUAAUAUCAAGUCAAAGAAUGUACAGACAAGCGAUAGCGAAAUAAAUUCGGCCUUCGACAACUUACUGUCCGAACUAGAUUUGGAUUGUAGACGGCUGCCGAGUAGAAACCUAGCAAGAGACGACCGAAUUAUUUGCGACCAUGGGGUUACACCGAGGACACCGUAUCUCCAGGAGGAUUUUAUUUCGGUUGUACAAAGCUUGAAGGCUUCUCAAAGAUGUUACCAUCCACUGGGCGAAGGCAUUGGUGACAAACUUACACUGCGGUUGUGUGGCUAUUCAUUGGGUUUAAAACUAACCGCUAAACUCCGCAAGCGUGCGCUGCAAUUUGGGUCCCGAAUAGCGGAUAGAAAGCAAAAUGCCAAUGAUAACUCUAAUUUUCUUGGUUCUUGAUAACAAGGGACAUAAAACAUGUGAUAUUUAAAUAAAUAUUUGCACCCGUUCG